GACUUGUACUUCUACAGGAAAUUAGGAAACACUAAAUAUUAAUAGUACUUGUCUCAGAGACGGGUUUUUAUUAGAUUCUUUAAAUUCAAAUGCUACAAGUAACGGAUUUUUUAAAAUAAUUAAUGGAUCCUAACAUUCCUAAUCAUUGUCCAGGCACAGAUAGCUCAUCUGCCGGUCAAGUAUCUGCAUGUCAAGGAUGUCCAAACCAAAAUAUUUGUGCAUCUGGUGUAACUCAACUUCCUGACCCAGCUUUAGAAGUGUUAAAACAUCGACUGUCUUCAGUAAAGUAUAAAAUACUAGUACUGUCUGGUAAAGGUGGAGUAGGUAAAAGUACAUUCACAUCGUUAUUAGCUAGAGUAUUGGCCAAUGAAAAUGAACAGAAAAAUAUUGGAGUCUUAGAUGUUGAUAUUUGUGGACCAUCACUUCCUCUUGUAUUUGGUGUUCAAGAUGAAAAUAUACAUCAAAGUGGAUCAGGAUGGUCUCCUGUGUUUGUUGAAGAGAAUUUAUCAAUCAUGUCUGUUGGAUUUUUGCUAGAAAGUAAGGAUGACGCUGUAAUUUGGAGGGGUCCCAAGAAAAAUGCUAUGAUCAAACAAUUUUUGACUGAAGUUGAUUGGGGUGACACAUUGGAUUAUUUGAUUGUUGAUACUCCACCAGGAACUUCUGAUGAACACCUUUCAUUAGUUCAAUUCCUUAAAUCAACCGAUAAUUUUUCAGCAGUCGUCGUAACUACUCCUCAAGAAGUAUCUUUGUUAGAUGUCCGUAAAGAAUUGGAUUUUGCCAGAAAAGUUGGAUUACCUGUAUUGGGUGUGGUUGAAAAUAUGUCGGCUUUUGUUUGUCCUAAAUGUAAAGUGACAUCUGAAAUAUUUCCAAAAAACACUGGAGGUGCUGCUCAGAUGUCAUAUGAAAUGGGCGUUCCAUUCCUUGGAUCAGUCCCGUUAGAUCCUUCUUUGGGACAAUGUUGCGAUGAAGGUGUCAACUUUAUUCAAAAAUAUGCUAGAUCACCAACAGUUGUGGCUAUUAAAAAUAUUGUUGAAAAUUUAACCAGGAAUUUACAAUCAAUGUGAUUGAGAUGUGAAUUGUGAUAUGUUUUUAAUUAUAUAAUACUCUAUAUUAUUUGUAAUAAACAUAAAAUAUUUGUCUACAUAAGAAA